AUGUCUGCUCUGCAAAAUAACAGGUCCCUGCUGUCCAGUGGCAGCGAGUUGUUCUUGCACCUACGGGUGGUGGAGGAAACCAGUGUGGGAUGUUUCCAGCCUAAGGAGAGCAGCUUAGAGCUGCUCAACGGAGCUGGUGGGGACAUCCCCUGCCCGGGACGCAACUGUAGCAACAACACAGAUGUCAGAUGGCUCCAUGUGUCCAAUCAGAGCUUCUAUCUCCCUUUAUGUCUGCAUGUUUUUCCAGAUGUUUAUUUAACUUUCUUUCUCAAACCAGCACACAAGACAAUAAGUGACCCCCCCAGGAUUGCGUAUCCUGCUGACAACAAGACAGAGGAAGUGGAACUUGGUCGGUCUCAUACUCUGACCUGUAAGGUGUUUUUUCCUUAUGAGAGUAAGAGUUCAGGGGAGGUGCAUUGGUACAUGAAUAAUGGAGGCAACAAAGACAAUAUGACUCUACUAGAAAUGAAGAAACCACAACAGGGUUCCGACAUACUUGAAGAAUAUUGGAUCGUACAGGACGGCUUCAUAGACAAAGUGACUCCACAACACUUGGAGCACACGUAUACCUGCAUUGCCAGUAAUGCUCUCGGAAAAUGCAAUGUCACUAUCAGGCUCAAGCAGAAACAAGUGAAGUGGGCGUCACUGGUUGGGUCCCCCAUCGCUUCUUUGCUGCUGGUAGUUGUGGUGGGAGUGAUUUUGCACAUGAAGUGGUUGGAACUACAGAUUAUCUACAGAUGCCACUUCCUACACGGAACACAUGACAGAGAUGAGAAAAGGUUUGAUGUGUUUCUGUCGUACGUGUGGAGUCCCACAUCAGCAGAGAUUGAGGGAGGUUGGACCCGUUCCUCCCGAUCAGGACCUGUCACUGAUGAGGAAGCAUGUCAAUUCAGCAUGGACCCACUGAACACCGAGGAGGAUGAAGCCACACAGACACCACUAGAAGUAUUACUGCGCCAAGUGUUAGAGGAACAGUGGGGGUAUCGUCUCUGUCUGCUGGAGAGAGACAUUCUUCCAGGAGGAGCAUAUACAAAUGAUGUGGUUCUUGCGAUACAGGGAAGCCACAUGCUUAUCUGCCUCCUGUCAGCUGACUACCUCUGCAACACUGAUGGAGUGUUUGUGCUCGAGUCAGGAGUUCAGGCUUUGCUGCAAAAGUCUGCCCUCAAACUCCUGAUAAUACGGACCUGUAGAAACUCUGCAUCCAUCAUCCAGGACCCCCCUCUUCCUCCGCUGGUCCAAAGGGCAUUGAAGGUUCUACCGAGUCUGAACUGGACGUCAGAUAAACCUGACAGGGGCAGCAGCAGAUUCUGGAGGUCUUUGAGGAAGGCCAUGCCCCGAUCAGAGUGACGCUGGUUUCACUUGUGUAGGACCAAUGAUAAGAUUGUGUCCCCAGUAACAUUUUACAUUAAACAGGUGUUAUCUUAAUAUGUCCAACAAGUGAAUCAACCUUUGUACCAAAAAUACUUACUAAUAUACCAGAUAAAGGAUUUGUACUACUUGAACAAAAUGUAAGAAAACGUGUCAAAAACAAGACUGCUAACUAAAUUUAAGAAUUUGCUUUUAUUUGUCUAGCAGGUAUAACAAAACAAUGUUGUGAGGUCUACUUCAUCAUGUACUGUAGAGCGGACAUAUUUGACACAAAACAUAAAUUCCAAAACUUUUUUUUAAUGCCUUUUAAAUGUUUUUAGGAGGGUUUUGUUUGACUCAACAGGUCACAGCAGUGGAUAUUGGUGUAUUUGACUUGGGGAAAUUCUGCACAACAGUAAGAUAAAGGAAUUAAAGUUUACAUUUUGAUCAUGGGGAUUUUCCGGACAGAGUUUCAGACACAGGAGAAGUCACUGAGGUACUGCAGGUACCUCAUGUUAAAAGGAUUGGGGAUAGAUGUCUGUGAUGUGGACUUUCGAAUGUUAAAGUUGCAAUGGAAAGUGUUUGUAUGAGCAUAAUCAUUACUAACCUAUGCUUUAACCACCCACAAAUCAAUAGAUGAAACUGUCACCAGCAUUUGGAUUCAUGUUAUCGCUGUGUGUUUCUGAUCCUCCCACAUCUGUCAACUAAAAACACAUCAAUAGUCCUUCAGUGAAAAUAAAAGAUAAGAUCAGUAAAUGUGAAAGUGAAACAGAAAGAAAUCAGUUUUGUUGAAACCAAACCACUGAUAAAAGAAAACCUAAACAUCAAACAAAGAGCUGCCAAUGAGGUGAUACAGCAGGUGAAAGCACAGGGAAGUUGACUCACAAUGGUUAUUUAUGUCCAUCUUAUACAUCAAAAUAAAAACUGGGGCAAACAAAACGA